AUGGCUUCUCCACAGGAUACCCGCAACUUUGAGACUAAUUCUAGUGGUUUCCAUAACUCCAUGAACUGGGAAUUUGCAGCCAAUGCUGAGGGUCAAAAUGGCAAUAGUGAGGAACUAAACCCAGAAAAGGCCCAGAGAGGGUGGUAUAGACAGCAAGACCAAGACUUUUCAUCAAUCUGUGUGACAGCUGUCCAGGGCAUCAUAGAAAAACCGAUGCCAAAAGAAAAGGGAGAGGCUGCCGCUAGUGCAAAACCGAGCACCGGAGAGCUUCCCAACCCUGGAGAAAGGCCAGCCAGGCCUAGCAUCUUCCCUGCUUCUCAGAAAAGUAAAGUGCCUGCCACAGAGGUCGGAGCAGAGACGGAAAACCUAGUGAUAGAGCUCAGGAAGCUUGGUCACCAGGAAGUGAUGGGACAUCAUCAUGAACAGCCACAAAGUGAUCAAAGAGAUGUCUUUUUUGAACCCUCUCUAGACCUAACAUUUUUAGAGGAACAUGACUCUCCUGCAGAAAUUCAAAAGUGUAAAGAAAGGAACCUGUUGACUGAGUACCCCUAUUCAGGAAGGGGCUGGUCUGGUGUGGAUGAGAGUGACAGAGUCAGAUUCUCUCAGGCAGAGCCAGUCUCACAGGGUCUCUUGUCAGUUUCAAAGCCUCCAUCCUUCACCACGAACCAGGUCCCCUCCCAGUCUCAGUUUUUCAGUGGUCUUUGGCAUGGCUAUGCCUGCUCUUGGACCAGCAAUCCCCUGCGAUCUCUCUAUCCCUCCAUGGGCAGAAGCGCAUUCCUGGCUAGGAAUAGUGACCAGAGCUGCCUAAGUUAUCAUAGCUCGGAUUCUACCCUGUACUCCCACAGCUGGCCCAGACCUCUGGAGACACCACAGGAAGGUCAAUCCAACAGUUCUCAUUCAGGUAACCUCAGAAGUUUCGGACCAGAGAUGGAGGAGACGAGAAUGCCGUUCCAAGAGAUACCAUCAUAUCCUUGGAGACAACAUGCAUCCCUUUCCCUGCCACAGGUUCCCUUGGCACAAAGCUCACAGGAGGGUUUCAUUGACAGCCACUGUCACUUGGACGUGCUCUAUUCCAAGCUGUCUUUCAAAGGGUCCUUUAGCCACUUCAGAGAAAUUUAUAGCAGCUCCUUCCCUAAAGAAUUUCAGGGCUGCAUCUCUAAUUUCUGUGAUCCUCGCUUGCUAAGCGGUGGCCUAUGGGAAGAGUUCUUGAAAGAAGACAUGGUUUGGGGGACCUUUGGCUGCUGCCCCAAUUUUGCACGUCACUACAACAACUUCCUAGAACGCCAUAUUUUGGAAUGCUUACGUCACCCCAAGGCUGUAGGGUUUGGAAAAAUGGGCUUGGAUUAUUCUUGCAAGUGCACCACACCUGCCCCACAGCAGCACAUGGUAUUUGCAAGACAGCUGCAGCUGGCUGUAGGUCUAAAGAAGCCCUUAUUGAUUUACUGCCGAGAAGCUGAAAAAGAUAUGCUGUUCCUCCUGAAAAAGUACGUGCCCUCUGACUACAAGAUCCAUUGGAUUUGUUUCAUUGGCAGUUAUGCAACCAUCGAGCCCUUUCUGAAGUACUUUCCCAACUUGUUUCUGGGCUUUACAGGAAUCCUGACUUACAUUACUGCUGGGGAGCUCCGAGAAGCUCUGAAAGAGAUCCCGUUGGAGAGAAUGCUUGUGGAAUCUGGUGCUCCCUUCUUCCUCCCUCACAGGGUUCCCAAAAGCCUUAUCCAACAUUCCCACCCAGGCCUGGCCCUGUAUACAGUUCAGGAGAUUGCCAGAGUCAAAGGUCAGUCACUCUCCCACACUUUGGCCACCUUGCGUUGGAACACUUACCGCAUCUACAAUGUUUAA